AUGACGGGUGUGGCAUCUCAUGCUGUCCUGCUCGCCGGCGUCGUCCUCCUGGCGGCGCAGCUGUGCGGGUGCACGGCGUACGUCGGCCGUGGCGACGGGUUUAGCGUCGAGCUCAUCCACCGUGACCACUCCGUCAAGUCGCCGUUCCACGACCCAUCGCUCACCCCGCAUGACCGCAUGCUCGCGGCCGCGCGGCGUUCCACGGGGCGCGCCGCGGCACUCGCACGCUCGUACGCCGCCACCGCCGGCACUGGCUCUCCUGGCGGCGGCGUGGCUGAGGUCAUCUCCAUCCCGCCGUUCGACUUCCUCAUGUACAUCAACAUCGGGUUGCCACCUACACGGAUGCUCGCCUUCGCCGACACCGGCAGCGAUCUCUUGUGGGUGAAAUGCAGCAGCGACGGCACCGCCGAUCAUCCCGAAGCCGCCCGGCGAGCGCCGCCGAGGGUGGUGUUCAACCCGUCCAAGUCGUCGACGUUCGGCCGCGUGGACUGCCAUUCCGGCACGUGCCACGCGUUCACCGGCACCGGCGUGUCCUGCGACGCAAAGUCCAACUGCAAGUACGUCUACUCCUACUCCGACGGCUCGGAGACCAGCGGCGUCCUCUCCACGGAGACCUUGACCUUCGACGACGCCCCAGGCGGCUGCGUCGGGUGCCGCGACCGUCCGCAGCUGCAGGUGGCCCGUUUCAACUUGGGCUGCUCCACGUCCACGAAAGGCUCCUUCACCGGGGACGGCCUGGUUGGGCUCGGCGACGGGAACUUCUCCCUCGCCAACCAGCUCGGUGCGGCCACAUCGAUCGGCCGGAGGUUCUCCUACUGCCUCGUGCCGUCCUUCGUGAACACCCCCUCGAUCCUCAACUUGGGCGCCCGCGCCGCCGUGACGGAGCCGGGCGCAGCAACCACGCCGCUGCUCCACUCCGACGUGGACGCAUACCUCACCAUCGCGCUCGAGUCCGUCAGGAUCGGGGUCAGGAGCUUGCCGUUGCCGCGGCGGGCCCGCAUUGUGGUGGACUCUGGCACGACCCUGACGUUACUUGUGAAAGAGCUGCUGGACCCGAUGGUGGAGGAGCUGACUCGGAGCAUCAAGCUCCGGCGGGUGAAGUCGCCGGACAAGGGUAUACCUAUUUGCUACGACGUGUCCCGGGUGGGGGAGACGGCGUUCGGGAAGAUUGUCCCGGAGGUGAAGCUGGGCCUGCGAGGCGGCGGGGUGGUGACGCUCAAGGCGGAGAACACGUUCGUGAUGCUGCGGGAGGGGACGAUGUGCAUGGCAUUGGUGGAGGUCACCAAGGGAGAUCAGGGCAUGGUCUUGGGGAGCGUCGCCCAGCAGAACAUGCACAUCGGGUUCGACCUCGACAGGCGCACCGCCACAUUCGCCAGUGUAGACUGUGCUACCUCCUAUCCAUGGCCGGCGGACUCUUCUUUGUAG